UUCUCCCCCUUUUCCGCUCUUCCUCAAGCCUCGGAAGCAAGCAGCGGGAGAAGGGAACAGGCAGGUCUAGGCAGGAGGGCCCAAGGCUGGGAGGGGCCGAGGCGAGCCGGCCCCCUAGUAGGAAAUGAGCCUGCAGAGCCCGAGCCUGCCCCGGCCCAGGUGGGACCCAGAACUUCUGCUCCAGGAUGUUGACGAAGUUGCUGUCGCUGCUGCUGCUGCUGCUGCCUGGCUGCGCCUUUUGUAACCAAGAAGACUCAGAUGGCUCCCAAAGCCUGCAUAUGCUCCAGAUCUCCUACUUCCCAGACCCCGAACACGUGAGACAUCAGGGCAAUGCCUCGAUGGGGAAAAUCCUGACACAUACACUGGAAGGCCCCGCCAACAAUGUCACCAUCCUCCAGCUGCAACCCUGGCAGGAUCCCGAGAGCUGGGAGACCACAGAGAAGGGCCUGCAGCUCUACCUGGCCCAAUUCCACAGCUUGGUGCAGCUGGUGUAUCGCGAGCGCAAGAACAGCGUAGUCUUUCCUCUCACAAUCACUUGCUCCCUGGGCUGCGAGCUCCCGUCCAAGGAGCAGACUGAGAGCACCGAAGCCCGCGUCUUCUUCGAUGUGGCUGUGAAUGGGAGCUCCUUUGUAAGUUUCCAGCCAAAGACCGCUCUGUGGGUGAUGCGCACCCAGGAGCCCUCCGAAGCUGUCACCUUCACCCUGAAGCAGCUUAACGCCUACAAUCGGACUCGGUAUGAACUGCAGGAAUUCCUUCAGGACACCUGUGUGCAGUAUGUGGAGAACCACAUCAUCACACAAAACACGAAAGGGAGCCAAACAGGCCGCUCUUACACUUCGCUUGUCCUGGGCAUCCUGGUGGGCACUUUCAUAAUUGCUGGCGUGGCCGUGGGCAUUUUCCUGUGCACGGGUGGACGGCGCUGCUAAUUACUCUCGAGUCCCCUCGGAAAAAGGGCUGGACUGAAGGGGGUGGUAAGGGAAGGUCACAGCUCAUAGAAAGCCAAACAGACUCCCCCAGCGGGCCACCGGAUCUCAGGAGAUUUAGAGCAACAAUUCACUUUUUCUCCUGCAGCUGCCAACCAGUUUGAGGAAGGGGUGUAAAGAGGGUAUGUAGACAAAGCACUUGAGAGCAACAGGCAUGCUUUGUUUAACUGGUCUGAGAAGCGGUGCUUGCUUAUCUGCGGAAAUCAGACGAUAGACUUGGGGUGUCUGUGACCUCCCUGCAAAGGCAGAUUCACUGGAGGCACCCCAACAUCUAACUAAAUAAAAUGAGUUGCCUGUAACCAAGAUAAACAACAUUUAAUGUUAUCUAGGUGCGUACAACUUGAGAAGGGAUACUGGUCUGAAAGAACCAGAGAAAUGUCACAAUUGUAAGAUCAAGCUAUAUGGGAGAACAAGUAAUAAUUAAUUAAAUAUUAAAUAUCUUAUUUAUGUAAAAGGUGUAAUUAUUUCCUCCAUUUUAUUAAAACUUCUGAAAAAAAAUAA